CUAAGCAGUGGGUGAAUGAAGCUUUCGGAAAAAUUCAAAGCUGGUAGUUCUGUUUCUAUCUCGAGGAAAAGCACUUCUGCUAGUAAAGAUUUCGGUGAAGGUGUUGAAGCAAGAUUGGUCCUUGAGAAUGGAGAAACAUUCAAAGGCUGGUCUUUCGGCGCAGAAAACUCGAAAUCUGGAGAAAUUGUUUUCAACACUGGACUUGUUGGGUAUCCGGAAAAUCUGACGGAUCCUUCAUAUGCUGGCCAAAUAUUGAAUCUAACCUAUCCUAUCAUCGGGAAUUAUGGAGUCCCUGACACGAAAGCUCGUGAUAAAUGGGGAUUGCUUAAGAACGUAGAAUCCGAGAAAAUACACGUAUCCGGGUUGAUUGUUCAAGAUUACUCUCGACAUCCAAGUCACUGGAAUAUGGCGAAAACAUUAUCUGACUGGCUGAAAGAAGAAAAUGUUCCUGCUUUGUGGGGAAUCGAUACAAGAAUGCUGACAAAAAUUAUACGAGACGGCGCAUCAAUGUUGGCGAAAAUUGAAUUUGAUGGUCAAACCUGUGAUUAUUUUGAUCCGAAUUAUACGAAUAUGCAAAAAGGUCUAUCUAUCACGACCAAAAAAGUUUAUGGCAGAGGAAACAAGUAUAAAGUUAUUGUUGUCGAUUGUGGAGUAAAACAUAACAUUAUAAGAUGUUUGAUAGAACGUGAUGUGGAAGUUCAUUUGGUGCCCUGGGAUUAUGAUUAUACUGAAGAAGAAUACGAUGGUUUGUUCAUUACAAACGGACCGGGUGAUCCCGAAAUGGCCCCUGAGACUAUCACUCAUAUGAGGAAGAUUUUGGACAUGAAAAGACCAGAACCUGUGUGUGGAAUAUGCAUGGGAAAUCAGAUUUUAGGAUUAGCAGCUGGCGGAGAUUGCUACAAGUUAGCUUUGGGUAAUCGUGGACAGAAUCAACCGGUCAUAAAUUUACUGACUGGAGAAGCAAUUAUAACCCCACAGAACCAUGGAUACGCAGUGGAUAGCAAUUCACUUCCCGAUGAAUGGAGACCAUUGUUCGUGAAUGCAAAUGAUCUAACAAAUGAAGGCAUAAUGCAUACCGAGCGUCCGAUAUUCACUUCUCAGUUUCAUCCAGAAGCAUGUGGUGGGCCUACGGACACGAAAUUCCUAUUCGACUAUUUUGUUGAUAUGAUGAAAGAUCGAAAUGCGAGUCUGUACUCGUUAACGGCAAAUUCUUCAAAAAAUAUUGAAAGAAUAAAUGUUAAGAAAGUUUUGGUUCUUGGAUCAGGUGGAUUAUCUAUUGGACAAGCUGGUGAAUUUGAUUAUUCCGGAUCACAAGCUUUGAAAGCUUUGAAAGAAGAAAACAUCGAGACGGUGUUGAUGAAUCCCAAUGUCGCUUCAGUGCAAACCAACGAAAUCGGAGAUAAACAGGCUGACUGGGUUUAUUUUCUCCCGGUCACAAAAGAAUUUAUCAAGAAAGUCAUUUUGGAACAGAAGCCAGACGGUAUCCUGUUAUCCAUGGGAGGCCAAACUGCGUUGAAUUGCGGUGUGGAACUUUAUAACGAAGGAUUUUUGCAAGAACAUGGAGUAAAGGUUCUUGGAACAUCAGUUGAGAGUAUAAUGGCGACAGAAGAUAGACAAACAUUUGCUGAUAAACUGAAUGAAAUUGGAGAAAAAAUUGCUCCAAGUGUUGCAGUUGAAUCGUUGGAAGAUGCUUUGAAGGCCGCGGAAAAAAUUGGAUACCCUGUUAUGAUUAGAUCUGCAUAUGCGCUUGGUGGACUAGGAUCUGGCAUCUGUAAAAAUCCUGAGGAGUUGAAAUCCAUGGCACACAAUGCAUUUGCAGCAACAAACCAGAUAUUGGUUGAAAAAUCACUUCUUGGAUGGAAAGAAGUUGAAUAUGAGGUGGUACGGGAUGCUGCUGAUAACUGCAUCACAGUAUGUAACAUGGAAAACUUUGAUCCACUUGGUGUCCAUACUGGUGAAUCUAUUGUGGUCGCUCCAAGUCAAACGUUAUCAAAUGAGGAAUAUCAUAUGCUACGAGAGACCGCGAUCAGAUGUAUCAGACAUCUUGGAAUCGUUGGAGAGUGCAAUAUUCAAUAUGCACUUGAUCCAAACUCGUUGGAAUAUUGUAUUAUUGAGGUGAACGCCAGACUUUCUCGAAGUUCUGCUCUGGCAUCUAAAGCUACUGGGUAUCCGUUGGCCUUCAUCGCAGCAAAAUUAAGUCUUGGAAUCACUCUUCCAGAAUUGAAGAACGCCACGACAGGAACAACAACCGCCUGCUUUGAACCAAGUUUAGAUUACAUUGUGACGAAAAUACCGAAAUGGGAUCUUGAUAGAUUUCCAGGUAAGAGUUGA